UCGGGGCGUUGCGAACACGAAGGAGUAGAAGAAGUAGAAGAGCAGCUGAACUGUGUCGCACGUACCUUCCACUUAAUCGACGGUUUGUCUUCGAUUGUAAACUCACUUCCAGAGAUGGUUCGACCACAUUUUGGACCACCACGUUUGAAGCCCAGACCUUACGAAGACGGUCAUGGCAUGGGAUCUAGUGAAGGAAAUUAUAACCCCAACUCCAAGGGUCGAAGAGAUGUCCAGGGCUACCCAGCAAAGGCCCCUUUUCACUGGAGAGAUUCCAGAGGUAGAGGACGACCCCCAGUUGUCAAAAGAGUCCCCCUAAUGGGAGAGCAGAGGGAGCCACGUUUCAACCACUGGAAGUCCCAGAAUCAGGAUUCCUUUCAAUCAUACCCUCCCAAAAUGGAACCCCACAAUAGCCAGAGGAGGCCUUCCCCAGCUAGGCCAAACCGCUCCCCCCAUGUCCAGCAUCACUCAUCCUCUCGCAGUCCCGCACAAGGAUCCAUGAGUCAAAGGGGCCCCCCCUUCCAUGGCCACCCCUCAGGUCACAGGUCACCCUCCCCAAGACAUUUUCGCAACCACCCAGCUGACAGGAGGCCCGACUCUGCACCAGCCUACCAGGGGUCUUUCAGGGGCCCCAAAAGGCAGUCAGGUUUUCAGCAUCAGGAGCAGCGGAAUCGAGACUCUCGUGGGAAUUACAGUCCUAGAGAAAGGCCCUAUGAGCACACAGGUCAUGGCAUGAAGCGCUGGAACGAGGCUGGAGCGUUCUCUCAUCCACACAAUGGAGAACAUGGGCACUCUGGGUCACAGAGGAACCCCAGAGAGAUGCAUGGGAGAGGCUCAUGUCCAGAGAGGUGGUCAUCUGAGCAAGACUCCAGACGGCAACGUGGUCCAGUGGAGAGGCAGGGCAGCAGAUCUCACAGUAGAGAGAGGGCACAGGAAGUCCCUCACCCACCCCCUUUCAGAUCCCCCUCAUGGAAAGGAGGUCCAAUGCCGUCAUCUUCCUACCACAGGAGCCCUCAGGAGAGGCAUGUGGCAGGACCCCGCAAGAGGAGGAUAUCAGACAUCAGCAUGCCCUCCUCAGACCCUGCACUGGAGCAUGGCAAUCAAAAACAACCCAGGAGAGAGAGGCCUCAGCUGCUCAGUAUUCCCAGGCCAUUCGGUGGUAGACCUUUGUCUCUUAGGGAUAAAAGUUACCUGGUCAAGAGCCGACAAGUCAGAGCAGAGUCUCUCAUGAGACUCAGAAUACCUCCAUCUGUAAGACCCCGGCCUCACCUGGGCGACUCUGCCCCACGGGGAAAUUUCAGCUCUGUUCUUGCUAUCAGGAAGAAGCGUUUCCAGUCAAAUGCAGUUCCCCUGAAAAGGUUUGAACCACGGAGGGGAAAACCACAACAGUCACCCCCCAGAGAAGAAAGCAAUGCCAGCAAGUCCUCAAGAGACUCUGAUACAGGCAAAGAACAGGUGGAGUCUCGCCGGUCCUUGAACACACACAGAUCUUCUCCCAUAGAGAAACGUGACCUUGUUGUUUUGUCCCACUGGCCACCUGGGCCGAGCUCCUCCUCUAAGGAUGGCUCACCUAUGAAAGAUCGCAGCCCAAAGCCAAAGAGCGAACACGGUUCCGAUCAAGAGGGGGCAUCGAACAGCCGACUCUCAAAGACAAAUGAUUCCAGAUCAUCGCCUGAAGACCGAAGACGUGGCUAUAUGGAUAAGAGAGUGUUUAGGCCUUUUAAUGUGAUGCAGGACAACCAGAGACCUGGGAGGCCUUUCAAGAGACCAGGACCCAUGCAGAGACCAAGGUUCAUGGGUGGUCCAAGGAAGCCUGGCCCUGAACUGUCUGGAAAUGUUAGACGACCACUCAUGGAGAGCCUAGUGCCUCGUCCCUUCCCAAAUCAGAGGCCAGUGUUCAGAAAAAGUCACAGUAUCAUGUCCAAAUAUCGCACCAUGAGAGUGAUGCGUCAGCGAGCACCUUACAACCGAGGGCCCAACCAGCAACGCUGGUGAUAACUUCUGCACAUCUUUGGUGUCCUGCAGACGUGAUCCCAGAAAAGGCAGAACAAUCUCAUGAAGAUCUUUCUCACACUACAAUCCCAACCUGCCUGUAUAUUGUGGAAGUGUUGCUUACAUUUGUUCUCUGGUACAGGUGUUUCAUUUGCAUCUUUGAAAUACUACAGUACCUUUAUUUGAGAGUAUUUUGUAAAAUAUGCCAUUACAUGACACAGUCCUGCUUUUUUUUUCUUGUGUUUAAUUAUUUGGGAGUAACUGCUUAUGAUCUUGGCAGUGUUCAUUUUACUGAAAUAGUUUUAACUUUUUCGUAGUUUACCAGCAGCAAUAUGUUUCAGGUUUGUGAAGUCCAAGAAACGAUUACUUUGAUAUCUCAACUUUACAUUUUGUAAAGACUUAUCACAUGAAAUGUCCUGUUUGAUUAAUCAUGGGUGUUUUGACUAAGAACGGUAGCUUGUCCAAUGACACUUAGCUACUACUUGUAAAAGUUGUAUAAUCACAUGUUCAGUUUAUUGUCUUGAAAUAAAACAGAUUUAACAAGC